CCUACGCACUCAAGAUCACGCCGGCGCGAAAAGCUUUUUGAAGUCUCUCCCAAGCUCUCGCCUCUCUCUCUCUCUCUCUCUCUCUCUCUCUCUCUCUCUCUCUCGUCGACUGUAAUUCUUUUGCUGCUGAACCCAACCCAUAAAGUAUGGAGGAAGCGGAGAAGUACCAGUUACAGGAGGAUGGAGGAAGCCGAGUUCGGUUCGCGCGCGGAGGGCCCAUCUACGUCCCCGACCUCGUCGGCCCCCUCACCUCCGUCCCCGAUUUCAAAGCCUCCCUCCUCCAACAACUCCAGAGUUUAGAAGCCGAACUGGGCUCCCCGGGAGAUUUCGAUGCGGAGCUAUCGGUUGAUGAACUCAAGGUUUUUACGGAGGAGGAACUCGUGGAGCGAGCUCUUCGAGAAAAUUUUGAGGAUGCUUCAGGCCCUGCCGAUUCAUCGCAAGCUGCUGAAUGUUUUGAUGACAGGCUGGCUGAUAAUUCUUCUGUCUCAACGAAUGAGGUUAUCUGUUCAUCAAGCUUACCAACUGAAAGCAGCAAUUUGGAAUCAGAUGCAACUCAAAGGGAUCUAUCCAUUGUGGUAGGUAAUGCUUCAGGAAAAAGGCCUCAACAAAAGAAGGGAAGGAAAAGGGGAAGACGAUUUGACAGAGAUAGUCGAGCUGCUGAACUAGAAGGAGGUUAUCUCGCAAAAGUCAAGCAGCUUGCAGAACUCAAGUUAAAGCAGGAUGAAGACAAAUUAGCUGCCAGAUUGCACUCAUUUUGCGGCAAUUCGAAGUCUGCAGAAGGCAUGAUAUCGACUGCUGAGAAGAUUGAAAGGAUGAGAUCUCUUAGGUUUAUAACAUCGCCUAUGAAGGUGAAGGCUUUGAAAUCACAAGAAUACAUACCAGUAUUCUCUACUGAAGUUAUCCUUUGCGUGGAAAUUUAUCACAAGAACAACAGCUCGGUAAAGACCCAGGAGUUUCUAGUUUUGGGAAGCCAACGACUCACCGAACUGAGGGACAAUAUCUAUUGCUUGACCGAUAAUUUGAUGGAGAUAGCAGGGGAACAUGAUCCCUCUGGUUAUUUCCUAAUUGAAGAUACCUUCUUCAAUGAUAUGAGAAAUCCUUCUGCUAUUGACUACAGCAAACCUAUAUUUGACUGGCUUAAUAACUGCAAGAGUGAAGCUGCAGAGAAAUGGGAAGUCAUACUAGCCGGUGUCAUGAAGAAGAAGCAAAAGGAGCUACUGGGGGAUCUAGAGAUAUCUAAGUUGCCUAAUUUCAAAGCUGUGGACAUGCAUAACACUCGAUUUUGCGACAUGCGAUUUCGACUUGGUGCUGGGUAUCUCUACUGCCAUCAGGGAAAUUGCAAGCACAUGCUGGUUAUCAGGGACAUGAGAAUGAUACAUCCUGAGGAUGUCCAGAAUCAGGCUGACUAUCCUCUCCUCACCUUCCAACUCCGGCCGCGCCACAGAAAAUGCUCCAUGUGCAAAAUAUAUCAUGCGACGAAGAUGACAGAAAACGACAAGUGGGCUGAGAAGAAUCCUUGUUAUUUUUGCAUCAAAUGCUACUUCCUUCUUCAUUACAAGGAGGACAAUUCGUUGCUGUAUCCUCACACCGUAUAUGAUUAUUAUCAUGAAUGAUGUAUAAGGAGCAGUUUGUUCCUUUUAAAAUAUAAAUUCAUUUUCUUGCUGGCCGUAAGGCAUCCCUGUGUUCGGGUUUAUUAUUUUUCCCCAGUUCUUAUAUGUUCGUGUAAAUUAAUAAACUAUUACAAGAAAUUCUCCAAAAAAAAAGUUUUUGGCUUGAGAAUUUAAAUGAUGAGAUUAGACUAAUUGCUUUUA